AAUAGCAUUACUGUUAAGUUCAAUGUUGAGGUUGCUGUUUUGCUUGUGUGCUUUUUUUAUUCAUGCCAACGCGAAGUCAGAUGAUCAAGAAAUGCUAACGUUAACUGGCAAGCUAAUGUUAGUUUGCCGUCCGUCCAAUCUAUCUGGUGGUGUCAUAUCACAGUUUGUAUAUAACUAGGCAAGUCAGUUAAGAAUAUUUUUUUUUUUACAAUGACGGCCUAACCCGGCGACGCUGGGCCAAUUGUGCGCCGCCCUAUGGGACUCCCAAUCACGGUUGUGAUACAGCCUGGAAGCAGGGUCUGUAGUGACGCCUCUAGCACUGAGAUGCAGUUCCUUGGACCACUUCGCCACCCAGCAGCCAAAGUCUGUGGUCAAAUACUUUAAAUAGGAAUUUGUAAGCUUUAGCAGGAUGUCUGUAAAACAGGCUUCAGUCCAUGCUAAAUGGAUCAUCGGCAGAGUGAUCGGGACCAAGAUGCAGAAGACUGCAAAAGUUAGAGUCACCAGACUGGUUCUGGACCCGUACCUGCUCAAGUACUACAACAAGAGAAAGACCUACUUUGCCCACGAUGCCUUGCAGCAGUGCACUGUGGGAGAUAUAGUCCUUCUGAAGGCCCUUGCUGAGCGCAGGUCGAGACAUGUGAAACAUGAACUGGCGGAGAUUGUCUACAAGGUGGGCAACGUGGUGGACCCCCUGACAGGGAAGAGGGUGGCGGGGAGCGAGUUUCUAGAGUGCCUCACUGACCCCCCACACAGUCUGGAGCAGGAGUGUCCGACGCUAACAGAGAAAUUACAGGAACUCAACAUCUCUGCUGCUACCUCUUCAGGUGCAACCUUGGUCUCAUCAUCCACAACCACACCUUGACCUUGCAUCAUUAUUUGAUUGGGGUGAUUUGUAUUUUGUAUAUCUAUGUUGGGUUUUUUUCUAACUCAAAGUGCUUGACGUUGUAUGGGGGUGUAACUAAUCACCAAUUCCACCUGCUGUUAUUUGAUGUUUUUGUUUGUCAUUGAUUAUGUUGUCUUGGUUUAUAUGCAAUUCUGCAAUCAAGUCUAAAAUGUUUCCAUCUUUAAAUUCAAGGUGAAUUCAAUAGAUUGUUUUCAGGUGUUGCAUAGUUCAGCUGUUUUGAAUUCAGGUUGUGUAUAAAUCUAUCAAUCACAUCCAAUGCCAUACAAUUAUAUUUUAUCAUCAAAUAAAAAGACCCCAAUGGGAAAACAGUCA